AUGAAGUUCUCUACAAUCAUCACCCUCGUCACUGUUGCGGUGGGCGUCAACGCCGCCGCCAUCGCCAGCCCUGACGCCGAGGCAAACCCAGACCCUUGGUGCACCAAGCAUGGCCAGUCGUGCUGGAAGAAGCGAGAGGCCGAAGCCAGCCCCGAGGCAUGGUGCACCAAGCACGGGCAGUCCUGCUGGAAGGUGAAGCGCGUGGCCGAGGCCUUCGCCAACGCCAUCACCAGCUCCGGCGGCGUCGUCGAGUCCCGCGAGGCCUCCUUCUCCAACAUGCCCGGCAACGCCGCCUACAACGCCAAGCGUGCCAUCGACGAGCUCGCCGGCGUCGUCGCUGCCACUCGCUCCGAGCCCGAGACUUUCUACAACGACCUCAACCUCUUCGAGGAGUUCUCGCCGGACGCCGAGCCCGAGGAGACCGAGAAGCGCGACGUUAUCACCCCUGAGAACGACAAACGGUGGUGCACCAAACACGGCCAGAGCUGCUGGAAGGCUAAGCGCGCCGCAGAGGCCAUUGUUAACACCAUCGACAGCUUCGCCAAGGAGGCUCGGGACGUCGACUUCGAGCCUGUCGCCCGUGGCAAGCGCGAAGCCGGCCCUGAGCCAUGGUGCACUAAGCACGGCCAGUCAUGCUGGAAGCGGGAGGCAUCGUCCGUCGAGGCGCGCUGCAACGAGCUCAAUGGUGCUUGCAGCGUCGCUAAGCGUGAUCUCCAUGCCAUGUAUGCUGCUGCACGCAGUGUUCUCGAGGAGAUGGCAUAA